AACGCGGUUUCCCCUCUAGUUCCACACGAGAGAGCUUCCCAGCGAAACUACUUUACAAGACGACAUGUCUAAUUGUUUCGCGUAAAGUAUCUGUCAUGUUGCCCGUUAGUUGUCAUGUCGCCCGAAGCGCGAAAGAAGCAAGCAAGCCGCAAGUGGCUGCCCCGCUCGUCAUUUGCCAUAAAGCCUUGCUACAUGGACUAUCCUAAAAUACACUGGAUCAUAUUUUCACGCAGCCACGGAGCCCUGAGAAUGGCGUGUGUAGAACAAUGCGUCUUGCAUGUUAAUGUCAACCGCCAUAGUAACUGGGAGUCCGACCAGUGGAGUCCGACUCGAACCGCCGGUAGGCCUUCGUCUUUUAGCUGUGUAAGCCACAGAUUUACACGACUGCAUGUGCUAUUUCUCUUUAGGACUCAACUGCGUGGAGCGAGCGCCAACCGCUGUUGCAACCAGCCCGACACGCACGUCCGUGAUGAUGCCAAUCGCCAGUCAAACAGGUACAUAAGCAUGGCGAGCAGCGGCCUAUUUGCAAGGUGAAAGCGGAGCCUAUCGAUAGGGUUCGUCAGUUGUACAGACGUCUCUUACUGUCCUGUCGUUGCUCCCUGCGGAGCCUUUCAGCCUUUUCGUAUCAGCACUCCCGGCGUGCACGCACGCACUCCAAUACUUAGGCCGCGCCUUUAGUGCUGCGCCUGGAAAGAACACCGCCAAACACGCCCUGCGUACAGUUUUUCAUCUCGCAUACACGACUUUGGCAGCUCCAAAAGUAAGACCAGCUCCGAUGGCGUUCAUGCUCAUGCGGCGGCCGGUCGCGGCCCUCGCGCUCGCCGCCGUGCUGGCUGCGGUGACUAUCGGUCAUGUUGCGGCGGCGCACCGCUCCCUGCUGGGCGUCCCGGGCGGCCGGGUGGACUGCGUGACUGAGCUCCCCGACUGCCUGGGCGUCACAUGCGAGCUGAAUUUUGCGUCGCUGACCAAGACCAUCAAGGUUGACUUCUCCCAGUGCAUCACGUCCGCGAUCAACUGGGCCUGCUGCGCCAGCCCCGGCUGUGUCACGUCCGGCUGUGCGCGCUGGCCCCAGACCACCGAUGUGACCAAGAGCACAGCGCAGACGUGCGACAACUUCCGUGCCAUCACCCUGCAAGUGGGGCUCACCACCUCGUCCGUCACCUUGCAGGCCCAGGCCGGCUCCAUCAGCGGCGGCUCUAGUCGCCAGUGCGACUCCACCUGCGCCAAGAACAACAAGGGCGCGUGCCCCAAGGGUGGCCAGCAGGUGUGUGACGUUGUUCUCAACCUGGACAAGUACGCUGGCUGCUCUCCUCCUCCGCCGCCCAGCCCCGCAACCCCCAGCCCGGCCCCUCCCAGCCCCGCACCCCCAAGCCCGGCGCCUCCCAGCCCGGCGCCCCCCAGCCCCGCGCCCCCCAGCCCGGCCCCUCCCAGCCCGGCCCCUCCCAGCCCGGCCCCUCCCAGCCCGGUGCCUCCCAGCCCGGUGCCUCCCAGCCCGGCCCCUCCCAGCCCCACACCCCCCAGCCCGGCGCCUCCCAGCCCGGCGCCCCCCAGCCCCGCGCCCCCCAGCCCGGCCCCUCCCAGCCCGGCCCCUCCCAGCCCUGAGCCUCCCAGCCCGGCCCCUCCUAGCCCCGCGCCCCCAAGCCCUGAGCCCCCGAGCCCGGCCCCUCCCAGCCCCGCACCUCCAAGCCCGGCCCCUCCCAACCCGGCCCCUCCCAGCCCCGAGCCUCCCAGCCCGGCCCCCCCUAGCCCCGAGCCCCCCAGCCCGGCCCCUCCCAGCCCUUCGCCCCCCAGCCCUUCGCCUCCCAGCCCGGCCCCUCCCAGCCCGGCCCCUCCCAGCCCCACGCCGCCCACCCCUCCCAGCCCCGCCCCUCCCAGCCCCGCUCCUCCCAGCCCUCGCCCACCUCGCCCCGACUGCAAAGUGACGCUGCAGGAUAACCCUGGCGGUUUCGUCUUCGUCAGCAACCACGACGCGGAAGACCAUUGUCAGAGCGGCGCCGGCUGCGCUGAUUACAUGCCACGUGUGCUGCGGGCCGCUCUCGAGGGUGCCCCCGCGGCCGCAUCUGGCAUCCUGGCAGUUGUCGGAAACACCGGCACUACCGCAUCUAGCGUAUUUCAGUUCUGGAUCUCCCGGCUGGCGGCAGUCGGAUAUACGGGCCCCACGCCGACCGUGACCUACGCCCUUGAUGCGGCUGCUAUCAACGCCCAGACCGCAGUCCUCAACAAUUUUAAGGUGCUGUACAUUGCCAGCGACGUUGCCAACGUUAACGGCGGCGUGACUGCUGCCCAGAACGACGCGCUGACCGCCAAGAAGCUGCUUAUUAAUGACUUCGUCACUCGCAACGGUGGCUCCCUUGUGGCUAACACCCAGGGCGGAUUUGGCAGCGCCGGCUUCGGAUUCUUCCCCCUGAGCCUGACCUACGUCCCGGCGUCCACCUCAGGAUUUGUAAACAUCUUCCAAGUCCAGCCCGACGCCACCGACCUGUGGGGCAGCGGCUUCACUGACGCGGCACUGGCAGCAGGCCCCUGGCACGGCUACUGGACGGGCCCCUCUGGCUGGCUGGGCCUGCGCCCGCUGGUCGCCCGCACCGGCUCCUGCCCCGUGCCGCUGCCUACUGGCACGACCGCACAGAACUGCCAGGCGGCAGCGCUGUGGGGCAAGAAGGUCAAGCUAACUGCGGAGAUCUGUAACAACGGCAUUGAUGAUGAUGGCGAUGGUCUGGUUGACGGUGGUGUCAAUGGUGAUCCCGACUGCUGGCGUUGCGGCAACGGCAUCAUUGACCCGUGCGAGGAAUGCGAUGAUGGAAACAUCACCGGUGGUGACGGCUGCUCCAGCCAGUGCCUGCUGGAGUUCUAAGGAAAAGAUUACAUAUUUGAUUUGUACAUGAUGCUGCACCGCUGCUGUACCAUUCUUGUUGUUUUCGGGCAGUACGGUAGUAGUCAUGUGACGCGUGGUGAUCGAUUGCGUGUAUUCGAUCGCCGGGCCGUUGCAUCUCCCCCACCUUGACAAAUACGCAUUAGGAGAUAUGUCCCGAUCUAUCACGCCUCACCAAGCUAUAAUGGCAUGAUCCCGACUUAGGUUCGUGUUUUCGUACAUACCGGCAUGUACACGGGCACCGAUGGAAUGCGUGCGGCCUGCCGGUGGGUCUUGUGCGCGCGUGUGGAACGCGCACAUCCGUCCACCGGCCUUGCGUAUGUCGACGUGUUCGUUCGUUGUUGGCUAUCGCGCCAUGUUAAUGCUGCGGUGUUACAUUGUGCAGCCGCUGCUGGCAAAUAAUGCCAUGGGAGCCGGCACCAAGCUGAGUUACUGCGACCCAGCUGGUCAAGGUGUGUGGAAGAUGACGAUGUUUGAUGUGCACGGCUCGGACGGAGCAGGCUCACAUGCAACAGGCAGAUACACUC